AUGAUUACGGAGGAGUACAAAGUCUGGAAGAAAAACACGCCGUUCUUGUACGACGUAGUCAUGACCCACGUUGACAUCACGGUGAAGAUCAACCAUGACGGGGAGGUGAACCGCGCGCGCUACAUGCCGCAGAACGAGUUCGUGAUCGCCACCAAGUCCCCCUCGGCGGACGUGUGCGUGUUCGACAUCUCCAAGCACCCCAGCGUACCCCCGUCCAACAGCGGGUGCCGACCGGAGCACCGAUGCAAGGGCCACACCAAGGAGGGCUACGGCCUCAGCUGGAACCCGCACGUGGAGGGCCGCCUGCUGUCCGGGAGCGACGACGGGCUGGUGUGCUACUGGGACAUCAAGGGGGCGGGCCAGACCGUAGACGCGACUCAAAAAUUCGAGGGGCAUACUUCGGUGGUGGGAGACGUGGCAUGGCACCAGCAGAACCCGAAGCUGCUAGGCUCGGUUGGCGACGACAGACAACUCCUCUUCUGGGACACGUCCAUGGACGGGUCCAAGCCGACUACGGUUAUCAAGGAUCCGAUGCACCUGCUGGAGAGACACGGCAGCGAGGCCGGAGACGGAGAGGUGCUGGGGGUUCAAUGGGCGUCGUUCGACGAGACUAUCCUGGGGUCGUGCAGCGCGGACAGACGAGUCAAGGUGUGGAGCCUGAGCCGCAUCGGGGAGGAGCAGAGCCCGGAAGACGCGGAGGACGGCCCGCCGGAGCUGCUCUUCAUCCACGGGGGCCACACCAGCCGAGUGGGAGACUUCAGGUGCAUGAAGGCAAGUCAAGGUCACCCCCCCCCCCCCCCCCCCCCCACCUCUAAUCGGAUGAGUUUGUCGCCGACACAAGAUAAGGUGGUGUGCCGAUGCGUACAACAGGGAACGAAGACGUAGACAUUCCGAUUCCACAGAAAUUUUUAUCCAAAUAUCAAUUUUUCUACACAAAUAGGUCGCCAUCGAACUCACCCCCCAAGUAGAGCACGCCACAAUUUGACAAAAAAAAAUAGUAAAAUACCAAGUACUGUCCAAAUAUCGCCGAUCAGCCUCUGUAGCAAACCCUGAAGGGUUUAUAUAUCCCUAGACUAAAGAAGCACCUGAUCAGAGGAAAAUAAAAAAUCUAGGAAACAAAUUGAGGAGGUAUGAAAGGGAUUGUGUUGGUGUCGUCACAAAGUAAUGCACCGCUACUGUUACAUCAUCCACAGGCAAGUGGGUUUCGCCCUGGAGGACUUAAACUUGCCACUGCUUGUCAGAGAUCAAGACUCGACCUCUCACCAUCGACCACACUUGACACAACAGCAACGGCAUGGUAGUCAGUAACAGCACGACUAGUCGUAUUCCGAUGCUGCGAGAGCCGCCACGCCAGCUUCAAGUCGUUUCGCACGACGUCCUACAAUGCAGAAAACGGGAGAGACAAAAAGAGCAAAAAAAAGCACCGGACACGCUACCGACAUCCAUUGUCAAUCUUUCGUAAAUACAGCAGUUCCAGACGGACAUCCUCAAUGCGAGUCGUUGAUGGACCGCUUGCUUUCGCGCAGACACCGGUCGCACGUCCAAACGUAACACCAUUGUCUAAGACGUCUAGCGACGCUUAGCUUAUUAGCGUGAGCGACAAACCCACAAACAGCGCGUCCAAGCGCCAGUAACACAAUCUACAAGAAACAUCUGACCGCACAGCCGUAGCACCCCAGCAAACCACCAAGGCUGAUCAGCUUGCCAAAGUAAAAUUUACCACCACCACAGCGCCAGCAGCGUUCCUCGACCGGCGACGUUGUCGUACCCAGCGCUGCCAACCUUUCUCUAUUAUCAAGAGAAUAAACUACCGGGCGGUUACGAGCCAACCGUCACAACGAUUACACCUGAACCGUCACAACGGUUACACCUG